AAUGAUCCAGGACGAAACAUAAAUGUAUUGCUGGGUGGAGGUCGACGCCACUGGCUGCCCAAAGUGGCCCACGACCCCGAAUUAACCAAGGAAGAGGGCAGAAGAUUAGACGGGCGAAAUCUCAUAGACGAUUGGGUAAGGGACAAGAAAAAACGAUCAAUGAAGGCGCAAUACGUUUGGAACAAGGGACAACUGGAUCAGAUAGACCCUAAUCAAGUGGAUUAUUUAUUAGGGUUGUUUUCCUAUUCUCACAUGGACUUCGAGGCCGAUCGCGACCCUGGGGCCACUGGGGACCCCUCCCUUGCAGAUAUGACGCGCUCUGCGCUCUCCAUAUUGCUCAAAAACCCGAAGGGGUUUUUUCUGGUGGUCGAAGGUGGACGUAUAGAUCACGCCCAUCACUACAACAACGCAUACAGAGCGUUGGACGAAACGUUGGCUAUGGAAACGGCCCUUUUAGCAGCUCUAGCUCUUGUAAAUCCCACUGAAACUCUGAUAGUGGUUACGUCAGAUCAUUCCCACGUUCUGACAAUGGGUGGACAAGCCACACCAAGGGGACAUCCUAUAUUAGGUCCUGAUAGCAAAGUCUCUGAUGUUGACGGACAACCCUACACUACCCUCCUAUAUGGAAAUGGUCCAGGAUAUGCCACACCCAGGAUAAUACCGAUGAAUACGACUUCGGCUGCUGAAGAUCGAAACCAAGUUCACGGAUCAGCAGUACCCAGGCAAUGGGCCACUCAUGGAGGUGAAGAUGUUCCCGUAUACGCAUUGGGACCUUUAGCAACCACUCUGUUUACAGGCACUUUCGAUCAGAGCUACAUCCCGCACGCCAUAGCCUACAGCGCGUGCCUCGGAGAACAUCGGCUGCGUUGCCAAGGCCUCGAUAAUUAUACGGGCGCCCCCUUAGUGCCUCACAGCGGCAACUGCGCUCAGCAAGAAAUCACCAGCGUGGCUCAUUCCGGUCAACCGAUCGUCAUAGCCAGCAGUGUAAUGUCUGAUGACGGACUAUUGAGGGUGAAAUCUUCAAGCGAUGCUGUGGUACUAGAAAUGUUCGAGUUGACAGUUGUGGUGACGAUAGUGGGGGUAAUUGGUGCUGUUAUUACGUAAGGAUUGUAUGAAUGGGUUAAAGGGGUGUGAUACUUAAACGAAUUUAUUGUUAAAAUGGAAGAGGUUGAGUUGAUUUUGAUGGAAGAAGUCAGUAGAAAAAAGUGUGGAUCAAAUUAAGUUCUAUCAAUUACGAAGCACACAAUGGACAGAAAAAGUCUUUGAUCACACUGUAUUUACAUUGAACUUCUAUUCAAACUUAUUG